GGCCAGCGUUGGUUUGCUAGCUCUGCAGUGUCAGGACUCUCCCCUUUUCCAGAAGGGGAGCCCUGAGGACGACUGCGCUUCGGGCAAGACUGAAAGCCAUGACCCGAGAACAUGAAUCUUGGUGUAAAACCAAGGAAUUAUCUCUGAAGAAGGAAGUUUAUGAAAUGGAAUCACCCCAGUGGUUUAUAUUGGGAAGUCUUAAAAAACAUGGACUUGAGUGUUCCUGUUACAGAAAUGACUGGGAAUGUAAAAGGAAGACUGACAAAAAACAAGGAUCUCAUGAGAAAAAUUUUAAUCAAGUUAUUUUCAGCUAUGAAAAUAUAUACAUUUUCAGUCACAACACAUCUCCAUAUCAAAAAUCAUAUAUUGAAGAGAAAAACUAUGAAUGCAAGAACUGUGAGAAAGCUUUUGUACAUGACUUACAAUUAACUACACAGCAGAGAAUUGAUACUGGCAAGAAGUUCAGGAACCAUAAGGAAUAUGGGAAGGUUAUUAGUAGAGGUUCAAAACAUACUCAGCAUCAGAUCAUGUUUACUGGUGAAAACUGUGAACAUAAGGAAUGUGAUAGGGCCUUAUACUGUGCACAUCAGAGUAUUCAUACUGAGGAGAAAAUCUAUGAAGGUAAAGAAUGUGGAAAAGCCUUUGGUACUGGCUCAGUAUUUCUAUCACAUCAGGGAAUUUACAUGUGUGAGAAACUGUCUCGUUAAGGAAGGUGGGAUUUUUUUUUUUUAUCAUUCCUCAGACCUUACUUAUCAUUGGAGACUUCAUGCGAGUGAGAAACCUUAUCAAUGUAUAUUAUGUGGAAAAGCCUAUAGUAGUAAAUCAGCCAUUAUUCUGCAUCAGAGAAUUCACACUGGUGAGAAACCGUAUAUAUGUAAGGAGAGUGGAAAAACCUUUCAUAGCAGUUCAGUACUUAAAGAAUAUCAGAGAAUUCACACUGGUGAGAAACCUUAUAUGUGUAAAGAAUGCCGUUCAUUAUUCCUCAGAUCUUAAAAGGCAUUUCAUUAUUAUGCCUUUCAUUAUUCCUCAGAUCUUAAGAGGCAUCAGAGAAUGCAUACUGGUGAAAAAGCCUAUGAAUGUGAGGAAUGUGGCAAGGUCUUUAAGAGUGCAUCAUAUUUUUUUUAUACAUCAUAGAAUUCAUACUGGGGAGAAACCCUAUGAAUGUAAAAAUUGUGCUAAGGCAUUUGGAAGUUGCUCAGCUCUUAACCGACAUGAGAGAGUUCAUACUGGUGAAAAACCCUAUAUAUGUAAAGAUUGUGGAAAGGCCUUUUGUAGCAGUUCCAAACUUACAGAACAUCAGAGAAUUCACACAGGUGAGAACCAUAUGUGUGUAACGGAUGUGGAAAGACCUUUUGUAAUAGUUCUAUACUUACAGAACAUCAGAGGAUUCAUACUGGUGAGAAAUGCUUUGAAUGUAAGGAGUGUAAAAAGGCCUUUCAUUGUUCCUCAGACCUUUCUCAACAUCAGAGAAUUCAUAAUGGUGAGAAACUUUAUGAAUGCAAAGAAUGUGGGAAGGUUUUUUAUGUAGUUCAAAUCUUAAUAUCGGAAAGAUCAUGCUGGUAAGAAGCUCUGAAAAUAAUCUAUGGGAAAGGCAUUUAAUUAUGAAUUUCAUCUAAUUUGAGAUAGGACUUCAUGCUGGUUAGAUCCUAUAAUUAAUAUGAAGAGCAUUUUAUUUGUUUUUACAGCCUAAAUUGCCUAGGAAUAUAGUAAAUAUCAGAAGAUCAUCAGAAGUUCACUCCUUAAUAUCAGGAAUUUAUAAAUGUGAAGGAAGAAAACAAAAACUUUGGUGCAUGUCAACCUUAAAUAUCAGAGGAUUUAUCAAGGAAUAAUCCUAGAACUUCAUUUUACUCUUCCUAAUUUAACUCUAGGUAUUUUUGCCUUACUUAUAUUUACUGGUCCUUAAAAUUGUUAAUUGUGCUUGAGGCGCCUGAGUGGCUCAGUCCUUAAGCGUUAAGGUCUGCCUUCAGCUUGGGUCAUGAUCCCAGGAUCCUGCUUGGCGGGAAGCCUGCUUCUUCCUCUCCCACUCCCCCUGCUUGUG